AUGGCAGUUUGUGCAGACACGGGCCGUGGCUAUACAUAUGAACAAGGAUUUAAUUUAUCUCAUACCUUCGCUGCAAAUCUUCGCAAAAAAUUUAAAUUACAAGAUGGAGACACUGUAACAGUUAUGUUACCCAACAUGCCGGAUUUCCCCUUAGUGGCUUUGGGCAUUUUGGAAGCCGGUGGAGUAAUUAGUACUAUUAAUCCUGUAUAUACUGCACAUGAAGUUCAACGACAGCUGUUGAUGUCAAACGCAAAAAUAAUAGUUACACUACCAGAAAUAGUAAGCGUCGUUAAAGAAGCGAUAAAAAUUGCCAAAUUAAAUAUCCCCAUUAUAGUCGUGAAAACAAAAGGAGAUCAAACCCCUGAAGGCACUAUAGCAUUUAAUGAACUCAGCGAAGAUGUUCAUGUGGAUAAAUCAUGUUUGAAGGAAAUUAGACGAAAAUCCAGUGACAUAUGCUUUCUGCCAUAUUCGAGCGGUACCACAGGCCUGCCGAAAGGUGUAGAACUAACACAUAGGAAUAUUGUAGCAAAUUGUGAACAAAUAAAUGAGCCUUUAAUACGAUGCCAUGAAGAAACGACAGCCAAUUACCAGGAUGUAGUGAUGGCAGUUCUACCUUUCUUCCACAUAUAUGGGGCUACAGUUCUUAUGUUCCAUAAGAUGUCUCAAGGGAUAAAAUUAGUGACAUUAAGCAAGUUUCUACCAGAAACAUACCUAAAGGCUCUGGAAAAAUUUAAAGUUAACGUUCUGUUCCUUGCACCUCCACUAGUUAUAUUGAUGGCAAAUCAUCCGAUGGCGUCACCAAAAGUCUACCAAUAUUUAGAACAUGUGAUCAAUGGGGCUGCACCUUUAUCCGCUUCUGAUGCUGAAAGGUUUUUUAACAAAGUUCAGCGGAAAAUUCGUUUUGGUCAAGGCUACGGUCUUACUGAAACAAGUCCAGUUAUUUCUAUGGCGCAUAAAACUUUGGAAGAUUAUAAUUCGAUAGGGCAUCCUCUUUCCAAUACUGACAUCAAAAUUGUCGAUACUGAUUUGAAACCUUUAGGAGCUAAUGAGACUGGUGAGGUGCUAGUGAGGGGUCCACAAGUAAUGCGUGGCUAUAGAAAUAAUCCUGAAGCUAAUGCUGAAGUCUUCACAAAUGAUGGUUGGUUUAGAACCGGAGAUUUAGGAGUUGCCGAUGAAAAUGGAUAUCUCAAAAUAAAAGACAGAUUAAAAGAGUUGAUUAAGGUGAAAGGUUUCCAAGUGCCUCCAGCAGAGUUAGAGGCACUUUUACGUGAGCAUCCAUCAGUAGGCGAUGCGGCAGUUGUUGGCGUACCGCAUGCUACUAAAGGAGAAUCUCCAAAAGGGUUUGUCGUUUUAAAACCUGGACAAAAAGCUAGUGCUGAGGAACUAUGUGAAUUUAUUCGUGGAAAAGUUGCUUCUUAUAAGCAAAUUGACGAUUUAUUAAUAAUAGAUAAUAUACCUAAGAACCCAUCUGGUAAAAUUUUAAGAAAAGAUUUAAAGGCAAAAUAUUGU